AUUUGUUGAUUGAUGUUUCCCACUCUUUGAGAGAGGAUGGUCGAUUUGGAGAGCGAAGUGCCCCCUCUACCUCCCAGGUACAGGUUUCGGGAUUUGCUGCUGGGGGACCAAGGAUGGCAGAACGAUGACAGGGUACAAGUUGAAUUUUUUAUGAAUGAAAACACAUUUAAAGAGAGACUAAAGUUAUUUUUUAUCAAAAACCAGAGGUCAAGUCUAAGAAUACGUCUGUUCAAUUUUUCCCUCAAAUUAUUAAGCUGCUUAUUAUACAUAAUUCGAGUACUACUAGAGACUCCUUCACAAGGAAAUGAAUGGUCUCAUAUCUUUUGGGUCAAAAGAAGUCUACCUUUAUGGGGCUUACAGGUUUCAGUGGCACUGAUAAGUCUAUUCGAAACAAUACUGCUCGGUUAUCUCAGUUACAAGGGAAACAUCUGGGAACAGAUUUUACGGAUACCCUUCAUCUUGGAAAUAAUUAAUGCAGUUCCUUUCAUUAUCUCAAUAUUCUGGCCUCCCUUAAGGAAUCUAUUUGUCCCAGUCUUCUUAAACUGUUGGCUUGCCAAACAUGCCUUGGAAAAUAUGAUUAAUGAUCUACAUAGAGCCAUUCAGCGUACACAAUCUGCAAUGUUUAACCAAGUUUUGAUUUUAAUAUCUACGUUACUAUGCCUUAUCUUCACCUGCAUUUGUGGAAUUCAACAUCUGGAACGAAUAGGAAAGAAGCUGAAUCUCUUUGACUCCCUUUAUUUCUGCAUUGUGACCUUUUCUACUGUGGGUUUCGGGGAUGUCACUCCUGAGACAUGGUCCUCCAAGCUCUUUGUAGUUGCAAUGAUUUGUGUUGCUCUUGUGGUCCUACCUAUACAGUUUGAACAGCUGGCCUAUUUGUGGAUGGAGAGACAGAAGUCAGGUGGAAACUACAGUCGACACAGAGCUCAAACUGAAAAGCAUGUUGUUCUGUGUGUCAGCUCAUUGAAGAUUGAUUUACUUAUGGAUUUCCUAAAUGAAUUUUAUGCCCACCCAAGACUACAGGAUUAUUAUGUGGUGAUUUUGUGUCCGACUGAGAUGGAUGUGCAAGUUCGAAGGGUCCUACAGAUUCCAAUGUGGUCACAGAGAGUCAUUUACCUUCAAGGUUCAGCUCUUAAGGACCAGGAUCUCUUGAGAGCCAAGAUGGAUGAUGCUGAAGCCUGUUUUAUUUUGAGCAGCCGUUGUGAAGUUGAUAGAACAUCAUCUGACCACCAAACAAUUUUGAGAGCAUGGGCAGUAAAAGAUUUUGCUCCAAAUUGCCCUUUGUAUGUUCAGAUAUUAAAGCCUGAAAAUAAAUUCCAUAUCAAAUUUGCUGAUCAUGUUGUUUGUGAAGAAGAGUUUAAAUACGCCAUGUUAGCUUUAAACUGUAUAUGCCCAGCAACCUCUACACUUAUCACACUACUGGUUCAUACCUCUCGAGGGCAAGAAGGCCAACAGUCACCAGAACAAUGGCAGAAGACGUAUGGUAGAUGCUCUGGGAAUGAAGUAUACCAUAUUGUUUUGGAAGAAAGUACAUUUUUUGCUGAAUAUGAAGGGAAAAGUUUUACAUAUGCCUCUUUCCAUGCGCACAAAAAGUUUGGUGUCUGCCUGAUUGGUGUAAGGAGGGAGGAUAAUAAAAACAUUUUACUGAAUCCAGGUCCUCGAUAUAUUAUGAAUGCUACAGAUAUAUGUUUUUAUAUUAAUAUUACCAAAGAAGAGAAUUCAGCAUUUAAAAACCAAGACCAGCAGAAGAAAAGCAACAUGUCAAGGUCAUUUUAUCAUGGACCUUCUAGAUUACCUGUGCAUAGUAUAAUUGCCAGCAUGGGGACCGUGGCAAUAGACUUGCAGGACACAAGCUGUAGGUCAACCAGUGGCCCCACCCUGUCUCUUCCUGCAGAAGGAAACAAAGAAGCCAGAAGACCCAGCAUAGCUCCUGUUUUAGAGGUUGCAGAUACUUCAUCUAUUCAAACCUGUGAUCUUCUAAGUGAUCAAUCAGAAGAUGAAACUGCACCAGAUGAAGUCAUUUCCUCAAAUUUAGAAUAUGCUAAAGGCUACCCGCCCUAUUCUCCAUAUAUAGGAAGCUCACCAACAUUUUGUCAUCUCCUUCAUGAAAAAGUGCCAUUUUGCUGCUUAAGAUUAGACAAGAGUUGCCAGCAUAACUACUAUGAGGAUGCAAAAGCCUAUGGAUUCAAAAAUAAGCUAAUUAUAGUUGCAGCUGAAACAGCUGGAAAUGGAUUGUAUAAUUUUAUUGUUCCUCUCAGGGCAUAUUAUAGACCAAAGAAAGAACUUAAUCCCAUAGUACUGCUGUUGGAUAAUCCGCCAGAUAUGCAUUUUCUGGAUGCAAUCUGUUGGUUUCCAAUGGUUUACUACAUGGUGGGCUCUAUUGACAAUCUAGACGAUCUACUCAGGUGUGGAGUGACUUUUGCUGCCAACAUGGUGGUUGUGGACAAAGAGAGCACCAUGAGUGCCGAGGAAGACUACAUGGCAGAUGCCAAAACAAUUGUGAAUGUGCAGACCCUUUUCAGGUUGUUUUCCAGUCUCAGUAUUAUCACAGAGCUCACUCACCCAGCCAACAUGAGAUUCAUGCAGUUCAGAGCCAAAGACUGUUACUCUCUUGCUCUUUCAAAACUGGAAAAGAAAGAACGAGAGCGAGGUUCUAACUUGGCCUUUAUGUUCCGACUACCUUUUGCUGCUGGGAGGGUGUUUAGUAUCAGCAUGUUGGACACGCUUCUCUAUCAGUCCUUUGUGAAGGAUUAUAUGAUUUCUAUUACCAGACUUCUGUUGGGAUUGGACACAACUCCAGGAUCUGGGUUUCUUUGUUCCAUGAAGAUCACAGAGGAUGACUUAUGGAUCAGGACGUAUGCCAGACUCUAUCAGAAGCUGUGUUCUUCUACUGGAGAUGUGCCCAUUGGAAUCUACAGGACUGAGUCUCAGAAACUUGCGACGUCUGAGUCUCAGAUAUCUAUCAGCGUGGAAGAAUGGGAAGACACCAAAGAUUCCAAAGAACAAGGUCACCAUCGGAGUAACCACCGUAACUCAACAUCCAGUGAUCAGUCAGACCACCCCUUGCUGCGGAGAAAGAGCAUGCAGUGGGCACGCAGAUUGAGCAGGAAAGGUCCCAAACACUCUGGAAAAGCAGCAGAGAAAAUUACCCAGCAGCGACUGAACCUCUACAGGAGAUCGGAGAGACAAGAGCUUGCUGAACUUGUGAAAAACAGAAUGAAACACUUGGGCCUUUCUACAGUGGGAUAUGAUGAAAUGAAUGACCAUCAAAGUACCCUCUCUUACAUACUGAUUAACCCGUCUCCAGAUACCAGACUAGAGCUGAAUGACGUCGUGUACUUAAUCAGACCAGAUCCAUUGGCAUAUCUUCCCAACCGUGAACCCAGCCGGAAAAACAGCAUCUGUAAUGCCAGUGGUCCAGAUUCUCGAGAGGAAACUCAACUUUGAUAAAAAAAGGAAAAUGAGACUUUUUUUUUCCUACAGUUAUUUUGCUUGAGGUAGUUCCAAAUAGCAGGCAAGGAAAGUAUUACUGGCAUGAAUAAAAUAGAUGACAAUAUAUUCAGCUAUCUCAUAUUUUAAAAUAUCUAUCCUCUUAGAAGUAUAGAUUAUUUUGAGAUUUAAUAUAUUAUUUAUUAGAAUUCUUACGGAUAUUUGGAAGACUUGUGGAAUUAUUGUAAAAACCUAAAUUGAAACUAAAACAGUUAAAUUUAAUAUUUAUUUAUUUGAGAAGAAUCCAAAACCUAUAAGGACAUUUUUCAAGGUAUUAAGGUUUCAUGAAAGAGCUAAAAAUCCACUAUCUUUGGUGCAUCAAAAUGGAUAUAGAAGGUUGUUUCUCCUCUUAAAAAUGAAAUAUAUAUUAUAUUCUUUAAACUUGUUGUUUUAUAAACUAGAGCCCAUCAUGUCUAGUCUUCUCUACACAAAGACUAACAAACUUGUAUGAUUAACAUUUGUGUAAGAAUCAUAGUUUGCUUUAGAUUGAAUAUUUAAGUCCUUUUAUAUUUUUUGUUGAUGUGUCCUAAUAUAUUCAUUUCAUAACUUGAAAUGUUCAUAGCAUGUUUUAUUACACUAAAGUAACCAAAACAUAAGCCAAGAACAGUAUGCUAAAGAGCAAAUAAGUAUUGUUCUCUUAAAAGACCACCAAGAAUAGAAAAAAUAACUGUGACUUAGAAUUGAAUCAAAGAAUUUAAAUACUAACACAUAAAUUCAGUAAUGGUUUGUUCAAACUCUUGGGCUUGACCAUUUUUCAUAUAUCAAAAUAGUAUAAUUCAUUAGAAAGAGACUUUAAAUUUCAAACAGUUUCAUGCUGUUGCAAAUGCAAAACAUUUAGAACACAAAACCCCUCAUAUCUGACUUCAGUGUUGAAAUAAGCACACAAAAAAUUUUAGUUAAAAGUUUUUAUUUUUAUUGAGGAAAAUUAUCUACAGAAAUUAUGUUUUGAUAUUGCAUGAAAGAGCACAUCAUUAAGAUAAAUAGAUUUGCCAUUUAAAUUUACCAUGAGUUUUGCAAGAUUUGAUAAUUAUUAAUUAAAUUGAUUCUUAGUGACACUACUGCUUCUGUUUUCGUUGCUGUUAUUCCUCUACAGAAACAAAUUAAAAACUACUGCAACACAACUUGCCGAGUAGUGGUAGUGUAAUUAAAGGAGACAUCGGUAAAUUUAAAUACAUUUUUUCCUAAUUAUUUUAUUUUUCCUUUCUAGCUGAAUUUGACAUUCUUGACAUUUUAUAAAGAAGUAGAUCAUAUGAGAAUAAAAUGAAUUUAAAAGGAAUGCUUUUGUUGUUUUGUUUGUUUGGGGGGCCACACUUGGCUGUGCUCAGGACUAUUGAUGGCUCUGCACUCAGGAUCACUCCUGGAGUACCGUAUGAGGUGCCGGCGGUUGAACCUGGGUCAGCUUCGUGCAAGGAAAAUGCCCAACCCACUCUACUAUUACUCGGGCCCUAGAUUUGGAACUUUAGUAGUGACUUUAAUGUAGUGUAUAAUAAGCAUGUUGAUUUCCAGGGAUGACUACUUGAAGUUUCUGCAAUGUUUUCAUGCAUUAUUUCCUUAAUAAAAAAAUAAGUAAAUAUAUCAAAACAAAGUUUAAUAUCCCCCAGGUAGCUCUACAUAAAUUAAAAUGUAAAAGAAAAUGGAAAAUUAAGUUUUAUAGCAAUUACAUAUUUUGGUUUAGAGAACAUCAAAGACCUAAUUGUUGUUAUUGUUGUCUUUUAGUAUUUUGCAUUAAUCUCAUUUAGAAUCAGGAGAACACCAAGAAUUACUUUAAAAGCAUAUCCUUCAUUUCACUAUUCAGAUAAGGAAGUUUAAUUUAUAAAAAUUUUCAUAAAUUUUAAACAAAUCUUGAAGAUCAUAUGCAUUUUUACAUCUGUUUGUUGAAAAACACAAAAACUGUAUUUGACAAACAUUCACAUAUAAAUUGUUCAAACUUAAGGUAAAUUGAGAUAAUAUAUGUAACAGAGAACAAUACUUGUUUAAUAUUCACGCAUCAAUAUUCAGUGUAAACUUUGUUUGAAUUGCCAUUUCUUUAAUUCAUUACCACUAUUUUUAGGAAUAAAUGUGAGAUUUUAUGAAUCUUCUAUUUCCCCAAAAAGCUCAAGUUUGCUAUUUUUGCAUUAUGACAGUUGUUAAGAAUCGGGUUUUAAGCUAGGAGAUGACUAUAUUUCCUAUAAAACUGAAAUUGUGUUUAAUGAAUUUUACAAUAUUUAUUUUUUAUUAUGAACACUCUUCCAAAUUUAAUAUUUGACACAAUUCAUAUUAGCUUGCUAUAAUAAAGGUAGUUUAUUAGUCUGUUAUUUAAAAAAUAAAACAUGCUUUUAAAAGCCUUUUAAAGACUGUUGCCUUUUAAAAAAUAAUUGCUCUUGCAUAUGAAAAUAAAACAAACGUUCAAUAAUAGUCCUUGUGUAACUCUAUGGGAAUUGGUUUUGUUUAUCGUUAAUGUACCAUUUUGCUACCAGUUAUAUUCAAUUGAUUUGAAACAAAUAAUAAAAUUAUUUCUGAUGAUGAAAAAC